AUGGUAUGGGAGCACUAUGAGAAGAUUGACAAGCCACUGUAUGAGUUCAAAGAUGGAAAGAAGGUCCAGGUUGGGACUACCAAGUGGGCCAAAUGCAAGUACUGCUCUACAGACCUUGCUUGUAAUCCAUACGAUAAUGGUACCAGUAGCUUGAAGAGGCAUAUAGAGGUUGUGUGUAAUAAAUACCCUGGUAGGAUAGAUCUGGAAGAGUUUCAGCAAGUGUUUGUAGCUGGAGGGAACUUGAAUGAACCUUCUUUAACUAUGAGGGCAUUUAGUCAAGAUGCGUGUGUAAGAGCUUGUGUUGAGAUGAUAGUAAUAGACGAGCUGCCAUUUAGUCACCCAGAGAAGGAAGGGUUUCAGAGGUUUUGUAAAGUUGCAUGUCCUAGGUUUAAGACUCCUUCUAGGAGAUUAGUUGUAAGCACAUUUUGGAAAUUGUAUGAUGUUGAGAAGAAGAAACUUAGGCAGGAGCUAGCUACCCACUGUGUUUAA